GGGUAGGUAAGGAGCCGGUUCGGAGCCCCCGCUUGGCCAAGAUCCUGAUGGGGGGUUACUGUAUAAGUGGAUAUUACGGCAUGCGGCUCGCCGCGUCGGCCCCAUUGGCUCUACGGAAAGCCACUCUCAUCAGGAAUCCUUCAAAAGGGCAAAAGCUGACCCAACACAUUCAAUGUUCUUGUUUCCAAUUACGGAUAUAACUCACGAAUGAGUCUUUCGAGAUGGUUGGGAUCGGAAACAGACCGCCUCACGUUGGCUAUCCCACAGUCCGCAAUUUCGGUUGCUGGAGACUGCCCUAGUUGGAAAUGCUUCGUAUUCGUAUUUGAGGAUAAACCACACAGGUACCUAGGUACCUAUUUAAUAGGGGCCAUCGUAGGUAAAUAAAAGCACAUUUUGCAACUUUUUCUUUUCAAUAGGACAGACAGAAAGCUUAACUCGGAUGGAGAAGAGUCAUCAUUAAGAGGACGAGGGGAGCAACGGAAAGAUGGAUGUUUCAAUUAACCAAGUCGCGUUUACCGCCAUUGCGGCACUUAUCAUCAUAGCCGUCGCCUGGGUCUGGAAGCUCAACAGCGCACUAAAGGAGACGCCGCCAGAAGUGUUGGCAGCCUCACCGCGCCGCUGGACAGACCAGGAGAUCAUGGAAACCUACGAAAGACUAAAAACUAACCCGCUGACCUGGAAGAAGCACCUACCGCCAAAACUGGAGCGCCGGUACAUCGUCACGGGUGGCAGCGGUGGUGUGGGGGGCCAGAUAGUGUUGCAUCUACUGGAACGAGGACAGUCACCGGAGAGCAUACGGAUCGUUGAUUUCCGGAAGCCAGAAAGGCCUGACAUGACGACCGGGCUCGCGGCCAGGGUUGACUUCGCACAAGCCGACAUCACCUCCGCGCCAGCAACCUCCGCAGCCUUCACCAAACCAUGGCCCGCGAGCGUCAGCACCCUCCCCUUGACCGUCUUCCACACCGCCGCGAUCAUCAGGCCCUCAGAACGCCUCCUCGCGACCUACGCGCCCGUGAAACGCGUCAACAUCGACGGCGUGCAGCACGUCCUCGCCGCCUCCCAGCGCGCCCGCGCCUCCGUCCUCGUCGCCACGUCCUCCGGCUCCAUCGCCGCCGUCCCGGUCGACUACUGGGGCAGCAGCCCCUUCUCCCGGCGGUGGUGGCCGCGCCACUUCUGGCAGGCCGUCGACGAGGCCGACUUCGAGCGCCCCGUGCGCGCGCACGGCCGGUUCUUCGGGAACUACGCGCACGCCAAGGCCGUCGGCGAGCGCCUGGUGUCCGAGGCUAACGCUCCGGGCCUCCGCACGGGGAUCGUGCGGCCGGCCAACGGCGUCUACGGAUGCAGCCACAACGAUGUCCUGGUGGGCCCGCUGCUCUGCGCCGGCACGUGCCCGACGUGGAUCCCGAAUGUCGUCGAGAACUUCGUGCACACGGGCCACGUGUCGCUGGCGCAUCUGGACUUCGAGGCCGCGCUGCUGAAGGGGGAGGGGGAGGGGGAGGGGGGGGAGAUGCCGAAAUGCGCCGGGCGCCCGUUCGUGGUGACCGACGAUGGGCCGCCGCUUAUGUUCUGCGAUCUUUACCGCCUGCUGACGUGCACCGCCGGGACGCGCUUCGUGUACCUGCAGCCGGCGCUGAUGCUUGUUAUUGCCUACGUAGUCGAGUUCUUCGACUGGGCGAGCCGGAUGCCGGUGCUCGGGUGGAUCGUGCCGAGGCCGAGGGGCGAGUUGGCGAGACUGCAGCCGCCGAUCUUUACCGCGGCCACGCACUUGAUAGCCUCGGAUGAGGCGGCGCGGCGGAGCGUGGAGGACGGGGGGAUUGGGUAUAAGCCGGUGUACAACUCGUUGGAGGGGAUCUGUCAGCAGGUUUUGGAGUGGAAUGCUGCGAACCGGGGGUCUGAUAAAGGAGGCUCGCGGAGUACGGCGGAGACUUUGGGUAGGUAAGGGGCUCCAGAAUGGCGGGAGCACGAUACGUGCGUCUGGUAUUGCUUAAUGUUGUAUAUAGGCACCUACUUGUCUGGCAUGGCCUUAUAUAUCUAGGUACCUAUCUACCUACUUAGGUACCUAGGAUUGCUUACCUUGAAAGAGACAUCACGACUGUUGGUCGUGGUAUGAGGUAUGGGUAACUUUAUAUUCUUGGAAUUCAACCCCCCCUAAUCUGCAUUAAAGGCGUGGCAUAUACCUACCUAGGUACAGGUCCAUUCUUAGUAC